AUGACCAUCUGGGGCCGCGAGGUGCUGCACGCAGACGAGAUUGAGAUCCGGGGAACCUGGUUGUUGACGCUGAGGCGCACCUAUGGCGAUGAUUUAAAGCACGGCUUCUCGCCCUCGAAAGUGGGCUUCAUGGGAUGCUUCUGGGUGGUCUCUGCAUCGGGAUCAUGUCGGCGGCAGGCAGCAUAA